AUGGAGGAGGACGGCCCUAGCCGGAGCGGCCUGCCGCCGGUCGGGGAGUGCGAAUGGAGGGAGGAGCUGAGGCAGCAGCAGUCCCAGGUCGAGGCGCUGCGCGACCGGCUCGUGGAGGUCAAGGUCGGGAUGCGGCGCUCCGAGGACGAUUCCGGCCGGGAGCUCGAGCACCUGUGCCGCAGGGUCAAGACCAUCGCCACCCUGCUGGCCUACCUCAAAUCCAAGGCCAGGAUCAUGGCGAUACCGCACCUCGCGCACACGUCCUGCGGGAUCAGGAACCAGGACGGCGUGGGGUUCGUCGACAGGCAUGGGGUGCCCCUGGCCGAUUGGUCCAAGGCCACUGACUCCGCUUCCUGUGGGGGAGGUUCGGAUGACAGGACGGCGGCAGAGGGUAGCGGCGUUCAGAAAAAUGGCGAUGCCGUUGAGGGGGAUGGAGAUGUCGAUGAUAUUCUCAAGUCCAUCCGCGUGGUGACCGAUGUCAUGGAGUCUCUUGUCAAGAGAGUGAUUGUGGCCGAGUCCGAAACUGCGAAUGAGAAAGAAAAGGUGAGGAUUGGGUUGGAAGAGAUCAGGAGGAAGACCAUUCAGGUCGAGUCCAUGUCGGUCAAAGUCGAGGAGAUGGAGAAGUUUGCGGUGGGUACGAAUGGUAUGCUGAACGAGAUGAGGCAGCGGGUUGAAGAUAUGGUGCUGGAGACUACACGGCAGAGGCAGCGCGCCACUGAAAAUGAGCAGGAGCUUAGUCGUGUGAAGAACGACUUUGAGUCGCUCAGAACUUAUGUCAGCACACUUGUUAGUGUCAGAGAAACUCUUCUUUCAUCGGAGAAGCAAUUCGAGACAAUGGAAAAGCUUUUUGACAGCAGUUCUGUGCCUCAAUCGUGUCCCAAAUGUUUAUUGAUAUUUAGUGGUCAAGAAGAUGCAGAUAGACUUGGGCUAGUCGCAAGGACCAACCAGCUCGAGACCGAGAAAGCACAGAAAGAAGCCGAAGUCCAGAAGGUGAUGGAGGAAAAUGUGAGGCUACGUGCCAUGGUCGACAAGAAGGAUGCACAGCUCCAGGCGAUGAGUGAGCAGUGCAAGUUCAUGGCUCUGAACCGUCCAAACUAG